CGCGUGAAGCUGACGCUGGACUCGGAGUCGGCACAGGACCUGGAGGAGGCGUAUAGGUUCCUGAUGAGGGAGCUGCCGCCGGGCGUAGCUGUGCCACUGGUGACGGACUGUGUCUCUCCAGCUGCCACGGAGGUUUAUGGCCUGGCUGACUCAGGCUCAGCCCUGGGGCAGAAGGUGGCAGCAGCCCUGCGAACCAUCGAGGAGGCUCUGGACCAGUACAGCCUGUCCCAGCUCUGCGUGGGCUUCAAUGGGGGCAAGGACUGCACGGCCCUUUUGCACCUUGUCCACGCUGCCCUGCAAAGACGUUCACCAGCAAGGCAGGAGAAGCUGCAGGUGCUGUACAUCCGUACCGUGUCCCCCUUCCCUGAGAUGGAGCAGUUCAUCCAGGCCAGCGUGCAGAGGUACGGGGUACAGCUGUGCACCGUGGAGGGCUCCAUGCGGGACGCCCUGGCCCAGCUGAGGGAGCAGCAGCCACAGCUGGAGGCUGUGCUGAUGGGGACGCGGCGCACGGACCCCUACUCACGCACGCUGACGCCCAUGUGCCCGACGGACCCCGACUGGCCCCGGUACCUGCGUGUCAACCCCCUGCUGGACUGGACCUACCGGGACAUCUGGGAGUUCCUACGCAAGCUCUUUGUCCCCUACUGCAUCCUCUAUGACAGGGGCUACACGUCUCUGGGGAGCAUGGCCAACACGCAGAGGAACCCAGCGCUGCGCUACGUGGAUGCUCGGGGCCGGGAGAGCUACCGACCUGCCCACGAGCUGGAGAAGGAGCGCACGUCCCGGCAGUGA